AUGUGCUGGAUGAUGUCAAACAAACUAUUAAUUCAAUUAGGUCUGGCCGCGCCCAAUCGUCCAAUGCAUGAUGCUUUUAACCAAGAGUUACACAGAGAAAAACUGUAUGAUCUCAACAAUUUGAAAGAAUUAAUCGAAACAAAACUUCCACUGUUGAAUGAACAACAGAAGUAUGUAUUUGAUACUCUUAUGAAAGUAACAAAUGAUGGAACUGGGGGGAUUUACUUCUUAAAUGCGCCUGGUGGUACAGGAAAAACCUUUUUGAUUUUAUUAAUAUUGGCAACAAUUCGCUCACAAAACAAAAUUGCACUUGCACUCGCUUCAUCGGGAAUCGCAGCAACUUUACUCGAAGGUGGUCAAACAGCCCAUUCAGCAAUAAAAUUGCCAUUAAAUAUGCAAAGCAAUGAAACUCCAACUUUCAACAUAACAAAAUCUUUUGAUGCUUUGAACAGAACCUUAAAAGAUCAACAGAGCAAUCAGAACCGAUUUGAUCACAUGUCCCUAGGAGCCCUAGGUGAUAGUUUCUUUGAGUACCUUCUUAAGGCUUGGCUUCAGAGUGGUCGGCAGGACGCCGAAGCAAGAGUCAUGUACGACGAAGCGAUGGCUGCGAUCACCGAAAAAAUGAUCAAGCGAUCGCAUCAGUCCGGAUUGACUUAUGUCGCUGAACUUAAAUACGAAAAAGUGGAACACAAAAUGGAUCAUUUGGCAUGCUUUGCAGGUGGUUUAUAUGGACUUGGUGCACAAACUUUGCAAAAUGAUGUAUCUGAUAGUUAUUUAUUAAUUGGUGAGCAACUUGCAGCCACUUGCCACGAAUCUUAUGAUAGGACACCUACAAAACUUGGUCCAGAGAGUUUCAGAUUUACGGAAGCAGUGGAAGCAAGGGCAAUCAAAACGACAGAAAAAUACUAUAUAUUAAGACCAGAAACGAUUGAAAGUUACUUUGUGUUAUGGCGUUUAACUAAAAAUCAAAAAUAUAGAGAUUGGGGAUGGGAAGCAGUUCAGGCAAUUGAAAAAAAAUUGUCGAGCCAGGGAGGUUACACUGGUAUUAAAAAUGUGUACUUAGAAGAUUCACCUAAGGAUGAUGUUCAGCAAAGCUUCUUCUUAGCUGAAACUUUAAAAUAUCUAUAUUUAUUGUUUUCGGAUGAUUCAUUGAUACCAUUAGACAAAUGGGUUUUCAAUACAGAAGCUCAUCCACUGCCUAUUAAAGGAGCUAAUCCUCUGUAUAGAUCACACACAGCUACUUCUAAACAUUGAAGAAAAUAUCUAGCAAAAAUCUUUAAUAAUUGAGAGGUGUUCAUAUAAAAUAGAAUUUUUUUUGAGGUGAUAUAUUGACAUAGCUUACGAAACUUUUGGGUAAUCAGAUAGAAGGAUGUUUUAUCUUCUAUAUAUUUAAUACUUAUUAC